CUUGUCAUCCUUAUUCCAAAGCUACUUAGUGUGUUACUGAGGUUCUCCUGUUCAAACCAAGCUGCCUGUAGAACACUGGUCUGCAUUAACUGACAGCAUCUCAAGAACCUGGCCCAGCUGCAGCUCUGUCCUCACUCCUGGCUGACACAGCUCUCUUCAGGCUGAAGAUGAAGUGCCAAACACAAGGUAAGAACCUGCUGGCUUUGGUGUAUGUCUGUGGCAGUAACGACAGACGAACCCGGACUCACAUGGAAUAGAUUUUACCCACUAUCUUGUCUUCCUGCUUCAUACCGCUUGACCUCAUUAUGCUUGGCCUUCCUAAGGAAUGGUAGCAAUAUUUAGUGGCACUUUAGACUUUGUUCCCCCCUGGAGAACAGCAAGUGCUUUAACUUUCAAAUCAAUCCCAGGACAUUUCUUUAAACUCCCAAGGCUGCACACCAGCUUCUUGACCAGCCAGCUUCUUCCCUCUUUUAUGUGAAUUACACUUGGAGCUGGUAAUCCUCAAGUUACUGGCCUUGUGUGAUUUUGUUGUUUUUACAACCAGCUUCAAACUGAAGGCAAAAUACUUGACUGUUAUCUGAAAACACACUGGGAAAUGCUAAUACUUUCACCAAGAAAGACAAGAGCUUUUAACAAAGCUACAGACAUUCUUUCUCCUCCCCUCGACUAAUGACAUUGUUGCUAUCUGAGCAAAGAGGGAGACAGAUUCUCCUCCAGGUUCAUAAUGGUCUGGUGUGGCUGCCAAGAGGUUAGAACAGUAUUGCCUAUGAGCACGAAAAUGCACACACACUCUGGCAUAGUGAGGCACUGCAAGUCUGGGGAAGCAAGGGUUAGAUGUUAACAGUAUUAAUUAAGAGGCAGAAAGUACAUUAGUAACUAAAUUUGUACAGUGUCUGCUCAAACAGUGUGCUGUUUAAACAUGAUGCUGAAGUGACAAAUAAUUGGUUCAUUGGAGUUCUCCCUAGUGAUCUGUUGUCCCAUAAAUUGGUAUGGUGUAUGUCCCUUUUCAUUGUAACUGGAGAUUGGAAGCACAGGUUACUUUAUUUAGCAAACAGUUUUACAGCCAGGCUACAAACACUGUCUUUUUAUUUCUUUGGUAGUGUAAAGAUGAAAGGAUGACUCACAAUCUUUACUUUCCUGCAAGUUAGGACAGUUGUGCAAGAAGAACUGGGAAUGCCAGCCUGUGUUUUUUUGAAGGUGAUGGGAACAUGCUCUCAUGUGCCAGGACCCCAUCCACCACAGUGAAGGCAGGGGCUGGUUUAUUUGGUACCUGGUACUCCAAGUGCUUUAAAACUGAUGUCCAGACUUGGAUCAACUCAAGCUGCUAUGGUUCAGUGCUGGGUCUGAGACGGCAUCAGUGAUGCUGAAUGUAGGUGGGCUGAGGAAAGAGUUACCCAAACACAGGCACUACCCCCAUUCUCUCCUACCCACACAAUGUCACAUAAAAAAAGAUAUGUGUUCAGUGUUUGGAUGAGAACAUGCCUGGCUGUCACUACUCUCAUGUUACUUUGGCUCAGGCUGUAGAGAGUGGAAUAGCUUUUGGCAGAUACACAGCUGGAAUAAGCUCUCAUUGGCAUCUGGAGGCUUCUUAUUAUGUCUCCCCUUCUUGCUCCCUGAUCUAGUGAGGCUGCUGAUGAGGAGGUGGAUCAGAUGCCAUGGCACUCACAUCUUACACGGUGCUCAGAGAGGGCAGGGCACGUGUGGUGCCUUUGCACUACUUGGCCUGCACUCUGCAAGGCUUUCUGAGAGACUCAGGGUUCUGGUCCACACAAUUUCUGGGAGCUGAGAUGUCGAAGUGCUCACACCUCCCUGUAUGGAGAUAUAUUUUAUUUAGUAAUUGUUUUCAAAAAAAUACUUGAAAUUAAAAGAGAUGGCAAAAAGUAAACGCUGCUGUGCUGGAAAUGCAGUGUUUCCACUUACUCAUUUCCUGGCUGUCAGGAAGACUAGAUGCUGUCAGAUCUCUCAUCAGAGCCCCAACAUAGAGUACUGAUGUGAGGGAGUGUUGAAAAGCUGCUGGCCAGAUCUACUUUCAUGGGACAAAGCUGAGAGAGAGGGAAGAGGUGGAACAAGGCAAGUAUGACCUGCCUCACUGUACACGGCAGGUCGUACCUGAGCACAGAACAACUCAGCAUCCCAAUACCAGCCUUGCUAUGAAAAAGUAGUCUUGCAGAAAAACUAGUUGGUUCAGCUCUGUGGAGUUUUGUUCAGUUGCUGGUGUUAGUGGGUUGUUUUGGUGGUUUUUUCUUUCAAUGUGUGUAAUUAUAUCUCCUCUGCUCACUGUAUGAAAAGGUAAUUAGAAAAACUAACCUAAUAUCUUUGUUUUACUCUUAAGCAGUUUUUGCUGUGCCUUCCUUCAUGCAGUUUGAUUCCCAUCUCCCUCCUUCCUUGCUAUAAAACACAGCUGAGUGCAAAUCAGAACAAGAAACGCAGCCUGAUGUCCGAAGUGUAAUAUGCAUAAUGCUGCCAAGGGUAAGAAUUUGAAUGUACUGAGUAAUUGCUGUCACAUGCUAUAAGCUGAAACACACAUCAUGUUUUCAGGUGAGAAAAGAUCGCUCUGAAAUCAUCAGAGGCUGGGGGGUGGAUGCACCUCCAUGGCUGGGAGAUGGCACAGGUCUACUUGUGGUGCAGCAGCAGCGCGUUCAGCUUGCAGGAGAGAGAGCCCUGCAACUCAUCUGUCUUCCCUGUAAAAAUGUGCUCUAGUUUCUCUUCUCACUCCCACAGAGCUCACAGCAGUGUGACAGACAUCUAGGGCAGGAGCCAGUGCAAGAGGAAAGUCUCUUGAUGUAGGAAUCUUGGCUCCCAUGAGAGAAGCUAGCUGAAGGAAUUAAUAGUCGCUGCUCCUUGCUGCAGUUGCCACAGUGUGUCAACAGAUAAACACAUCUGUUUUCUAUCCCCUUGGUAUACAUACUCAAGACACCGAAGAUCCAUCCCAGUAACACUGUUUUCCUCUGUACUCAUGAUGUGAUUUUUAUAGCUAAAGUACAUACUGCCCAGGCCCAGUCAAAAACCAAAUUACAUGAGAAAGCUUCCCUCAUCUCUCCAGGGUAUAUAAUACAGCAAAGUAGCAGCCUGGGCAAAGCUAUGUGCCAGCCUUGUCCAGACUAGACAAGUGCUCUGGGGCAUCCCACCAGUGCUUGAAGCCUUCUGCCUACACAGCGGUCUCUGCCCCAUACCCACAUGGUGGGAAAUAGAGCCCAGCCAUUCAGGGCUUGGGAAAAACUGCUGUUCUUCAGGCUUACUGUAGGUAUAGAAAAUCAUGCCAAGCCCAACUCCAGCUCGCAGCUGGAUUGAGGGGAGGGGUGUCAGGGAUAAAUAAGAAACACAAGCCAUAAAACUUGACCCCAUGCUUUGGGUUCUUCAAAGGGUGUACGUGGCAAAGGCUUUUUUGGUGAAUUUCCUCCAGUCCUUGGAGGUCAGUUCUGCUCCAGUUUGGCAGGACUGGCUGUAUCCUAACCUGCCUCUUGUUUACUGCCUUGUUUGCUCUUGUUUUGCUCUAUGACUGGCAGGCACCUCAGUCAGCUGCUCUUAAAUGCUUUUGGGCGGCAGCAGUGUCUCCCCCCCUCUCUGUAAGGGUGGCCAAGAACUGUGAUAGCUUUGCCAAGCCAGGCACUGCAAAGCUGGACUUCAGUACCAGCUAGGCUACCUGAAUAAACACCAGCAGUUUCCAGAGGACUGAAAAGUCAGUCACGAUAUAGUUUGUGAUAAAUGCGCCUUAACGUCACAAUUUUGUGUGAUAUUUAUGCAGGUGGAGCAAGUUUCAGAGACCUGGAGACAGCUUGCAGAACUCACCACUGCUGUCACAACUGGCAAGCAGGAUUGCUUCAGAUGCCUCUAGCUCAUGCCAAAGAAGUUUCCCACCUUUCUGUCGAAAGGCAGCUAUAGAUUGAAUGAAAGCUGCAGCAACAGAUCUGUUAGGACUCAAGAUUAAUGGCAAAUGUCACGGGGGCUGUGGAUUAAUAUAAGUGUCACCCUCUUGGAAAUAAGACAGUAUUCCUUCAUCCUGCAUCCUCAGCCCUUUGGAGUUCAGAGCAUACAGUGGAGUCUUCUCAGGGAAGAUGUCGUCUUUGACAAUGAAAACCUGUUGUCUGGACAAAAGAGGAAGUUUCUUUAAGCUCAUUGACACCAUUGCCUCAGAAAUUGGAGAACUGAAACAGGAGAUGGUACAGACAGAUCUCACAGUGGAAGAUGAAUCUGCUGAUUUGCGAAGUCUAAUAAAGGACAUGGAUAAUGUCUCUCCUGACAAAAAAGAUGUAAAAAGCUGCCCCCGGGACUCUGGUUAUGACAGCCUAUCCAACAAGCUGAGCAUAUUGGACAAACUCCUCCAUACUCACCCUGUGUGGCUGCAGCUCGGUCUGAAUGAUGCUGAAGCCAUGGAAAUUCUUCAGGCCCAGCCUCCUGGGAUAUUUCUGGUUAGAAAAUCUGCAAGACUGCAGAAGAAAGUCAUCUCUUUGCGUCUGCCCAGUGACUGUGGGUCCUGCCUGAAAGAAUUUGCCAUAAAAGAAAGUACAUACACAUUUUCCUUGGAGGGGUCUGGUAUAAGUUUUGCUGAUUUAUUCAGACUCAUUGCUUUCUACUGUAUUAGCAGGGAUGUCCUUCCAUUCACACUGAAGUUGCCUCAUGCAGUUGCUGCAGCAAAGACAGAAGCUGAACUUGAAGACAUUGCUCAGCUUGGACUGAACUUUUGGAGCUCCCUGGCUAACAGCAACCCCCUGGAUCCUUCACCUCCCUGUAGGCCUGUGCCUUCGGACAGCGCUUGUAAAGACUCGCAUCAGCUCUGCCUUAUAAAUGGAGUGCAUUCUAUACGAACCAGAACGCCCUCAGAGCUGGAGUGCAGCCAGACCAACGGAGCGCUGUGUUUCAUUAAUCCCCUCUUUUUAAAAGUGCACAGCCAGGAUGUCAGUGGAAGUCUGAAAAGGCAGAGCCCGAGAACUCAAGACGUGAAUGGCACAGCAAGGCCUCGCUCCCCCCCGCCCCGGCCGCCACCUCCUGCUAUUAAUAGCACCCUCAUGAGCCCGCAGCUUUCCAGGACUAUAAAGCAGGCAAGCAUGCCAGAAACAGUCAACCAUAAGAAAGAGAGAGGCUCGGAUUUGUUGCAGAGCAAGCCAGCCCCGAUUCCGCCUCCUCGGCUGAAGAAGCAGGCUGCUUGCUCCGAGGUGGAAGGGGGGCAAAAGACGGCGGCGGCCGCUCGGCCUGGCUUGGUGCGUGUGCCCGAAGCAGCGGGGGUUCCAGGUGAAACCCUGCCCGAGGCGGCUCCAGCAGCUUCCAAAAAGACGACAGCUACCACCUCUGAGUCACACAUACCGUGGAAUGGAGGCAGGCAGAGACUGAGCGACAUGAGCAUUUCCACCUCCUCGUCUGACUCGCUGGACUUUGAUCGGAGCAUGCCGCUCUUCGGCUAUGAGGGGGACACUAACAGCAGCCUGGAGGAUUUUGAGGGGGAAAGUGACCAGGAGAGCAUGGCACCCCCUUUGAAGCCCAAGAAGAAAAGAAGCAGUUCAUUUGUUCUCCCCAAGAUUGUGAAAUCUCAGCUGCGGAAAGUCAGUGGAGUUUUCAGUUCCUUCAUGACCCCAGAAAAGAGGAUGAUUAAGAAAAUUGCAGAGAUGUCCCGGGACAAACGCACUUAUUUUGGAUGCUUAGUACAGGACUAUGUCAGCUUUCUCCAAGAAAACAAGGAGUGCCAUGUUUCGAGUACUGAUAUGCUGCAAACAAUUCGUCAGUUCAUGACCCAAGUCAAGAACUACUUGUCCCAAAGCUCCGAACUUGAUCCCCCAAUCGAAUCACUGAUUCCCGAGGACCAAAUAGAUGUUGUCCUGGAGAAGGCCAUGCAUAAGUGCAUUCUGAAGCCAUUGAAGGGUCACAUUGAAGCAAUGUUGAAAGAGUUUCAUACCACGGAUGGUUCCUGGAAACAACUCAAGGAAAAUCUGCAGCUGGUGCGGCAAAGAAAUCCUCAGGAACUGGGUGUGUUUGUUCCGACACCAGACUUUGUGGACGUUGAAAAGAUUAAAGUCAAGUUCAUGACUAUGCAGAAGAUGUAUUCACCUGAAAAGAAAGUCAUGCUGCUGCUGAGAGUUUGCAAAUUGAUUUACACUGUUAUGGAGAAUAACUCAGGGAGGCUGUAUGGAGCUGAUGACUUCUUGCCUGUGUUGACAUAUGUGCUAGCCCAGUGCGAUAUGCUGGAGCUGGAUACUGAAAUUGAAUACAUGAUGGAGUUGCUGGAUCCAUCUUUGCUGCAUGGAGAAGGAGGCUAUUACUUGACAAGCGCCUAUGGAGCACUUUCACUGAUCAAGAACUUCCAGGAAGAACAAGCUGCCCAACUCUUAAGUUCAGAAGCCAGAGACACUCUCCGGCAAUGGCACAAGAGGAGGACAACUAACAGGACAGUGCCUUCAGUUGACGAUUUUCAGAACUACCUUCGUGUUGCAUUCCAGGAAGUUAACAGUGGAUGUACGGGAAAGACCUUACUAGUAAGACCAUAUAUCACUACUGAAGAUGUAUGUCAGCUUUGUGCUGAAAAGUUUAAAGUGGACAAUCCAGAAGAAUAUAGCCUGUUUCUUUUCGUUGAUGACACCUGGCAACAACUGACAGAGGAUACCUACCCUCAGAAAAUUAAGGCGGAGUUGCACAGCCGUCCACAACCCCAGGUCUUUCACUUUGUCUACAGGCGCACUAACAGUGACCCAUAUGGUGCCAUUUUUCAGAACAGCAAUGACUCACCUUCUUAAAACCAGCAAAUCAUAAUUUUCAUUUCUGUUUCUUGUUAACUGUUAAAAACAUCUUUAUUGCUGCCUUCCUUAGGAGAUAAAACAUGUCUUAAACCAUAAAGCCUAGUAAAACACAUGCUGGCAUUUCUAGCAUUGCUUACAAAAGCCAUGUUCUCAACACCGUGCACAUGGCCUGUUAUGCAGAAUAUUCCACCAGCAUGUUUGAGGGAACAGCCCAUGAGGCUGCAUUUCUUGUAGCACAGGCUCUUUUGCGUCAUAUGACACUUCACAGGUCUUUUUGCUGUAGUGUGCAAAAAUCUAUUUUCUUACACUCAUUGCUUAGCCAAAUGUCAUUUUGAUUUAAAUCUGCAUGCUAGACAAGUAUUUGAGUAAACUGGCUGGUAUGAGCUCAGUUUUUCCAGCAGGAGUUUGACACGACUGUCCGAUGCAGGGCAUCAGUUAACUCAUAAUUACCUGGAUGAUUGCAUCCUUUUCUCAUUUUUUUGAUUACAGAAAAUCAUCAUGUUUAUAUCUAUAUAUAUAUAUAUACACAUAUAUAUAUCAUAGAAAUUUUAUAGCAGUUGCAGGUAAACUGUCAGGGUUGGUUUUUUAAAUAUUUUUUUAACUAUAAAGUAUUCUAUAAUUAUGCAUGUGAUUUUAACAUUUAAUAUACAAGAAUAAAUCUCUUGCUGGUUUUAGAGUAUUGCAUUAAAAGUCUAUGUAUUUUCUCCUCUUUUCCUGUUCCGGGAGAGCUCUUAUGUAACUUGUUUUAUCUGUAAGAAGAUUUUAACAUCGGCGCUGCCGAUUUCAGUGCCUUUACCUGAACUUGAUGUAUUGUUAUCUGUAUUAUUGUUUAUAUGCAUUGUUUUAGACAGAACUAGGGGGCUGGAAGAGGAAAUUGAAAGAAAAGGUUAUAGAGAAGGGGAAGAGAAAGAAUGUAGAGAACUUAAUUUAGGAUUAAAAUCUGUUAGUCUGCUGGUUCAGGCUCCUUGCAGAAAAUGGUGAAGGAGGUUGGUAAGGAACUUCAGUGUAAGCAGUAGUGUAGGUUUGCAGAGGGAUUUGACAGCACCAAUCCCAGGUACUACUUGUGUUAACAGAGGAUUAGAUAUGUCAGUAAUGUGAAGGAGAACACUAUUUUGUAUAGUUUGUUGCCAGCAUCCAAGCGUCUGUUGGACUGAAGAACACGUUUCAGCAUUUUGUGGCGCUGUGUCACUCGGUGGAUGAGACGUGAAGGUCAGUGCUGUGUGUGCAGAGAGCAAGAUGGUGUUCAGUGCGCAUGUUCUAUGGGUUUGUCCCAGACAGCUCAUGCCAUGGGUGACGCUCUGCACCCCACCUAAGUCAGUCAGAGCUGCUGUCUUAGAGGGACAUGGGGUUCUCCUCAAACCUGCUGUGGUGGUGUAACAUAAGGCAGAUGACCUCAAAGAUGCCACGGGCAGCACGUGUAUUGUACAUACAGAGAUGUGUAGUAUUGUGUCAGUUUGCCUUGUAUCUGAGACCCCUGGCACGUGUCUGUAUUUCAUUUUGUAAAUGUUGAGUGUUGCACAUAAUAAUACAUUGCAGUGCUGAACAAUAA